AUGAAGGCCCUUGGUGUAAUGGAUGUCAAUUCUGAUAUCAUGGACCCACGACUCAGGACCCACGACUCAGGACCCACGACUCAGGACCCACGACUCAGCACCCACCACUCAGCACCCACCACUCAGGACCCACCACUCAGGAGCCACCACUCAGGAGCCACCACUCAGGAGCCACCACUCAGGAGCCACCACUCAGGACCCACCACUCAGGAGCCACCACUCAGGAGCCACCACUCAGGAGCCACCACUCAGGAGCCACCACUCAGGAGCCACCACUCAGGAGCCACCACUCAGGACCCACCACUCAGGACCCACCACUCAGGAGCCACCACUCAGGAGCCACCACUCAGGAGCCACCACUCAGGAGCCACCACUCAGGAGCCACCACUCAGGAGCCACCACUCAGGAGCCACCACUCAGGAGCCACCACUCAGGACCCACCACUCAGGACCCACCACUCAGGACCCACCACUCAGGACCCACCACUCAGGACCCACCACUCAGGACCCACCACUCAGGACCCACCACUCAGCACCCACCACUCAGCACCCACCACUCAGGACCCACCACUCAGGAGCCACCACUCAGGAGCCACCACUCAGGAGCCACCACUCAGGAGCCACCACUCAGGAGCCACCACUCAGGAGCCACCACUCAGGAGCCACCACUCAGGACCCACCACUCAGGACCCACCACUCAGGACCCACCACUCAGGAGCCACCACUCAGGAGCCACCACUCAGGACCCACCACUCAGGACCCACCACUCAGGACCCACCACUCAGGACCCACCACUCAGGACCCACCACUCAGGACCCACCACUCAGGAGCCACCACUCAGGAGCCACCACUCAGGAGCCACCACUCAGGACCCACCACUCAGGACCCACCACUCAGGAGCCACCACUCAGGAGCCACCACUCAGGAGCCACCACUCAGGAGCCACCACUCAGGAGCCACCACUCAGGAGCCACCACUCAGGACCCACCACUCAGGACCCACCACUCAGGACCCACCACUCAGGACCCACCAGGUCCUCGUGACCAAAUACAUUAAGGGCAACAACUUCAUAUAUCGUGCGAGGGGGCCGGGAUAA